GGGGAGAAAACCAUCCCUUGACCCUGGACAUAGGGAUCUGGACCCUCUGUCAGCUGUUGAUUCGCUUAGUCAACGGCGUUUGCUGACAUGACUCUGGGUCAGACGCUGAGGAGAACGAAAGAGGGAUGAGACAGUUCCUGAACAUUCUGGUAACGCGUGUUCUUGUGAGAGUAGUGGUCAGACAGAGCUCAUAGUUCUUUGAUGUUGGAGGCUCUGCGGAAAGCGGUGACCCCUGUUCAGUCUUGUGCUUAAUAACGUGGUUUAGGAUGAGGCUGAAUGAAUAUCUGUGAAACUAAUUACCGCGUAAAUUUCUAAAAGCUUUGAUUUCUUUUGCUUUUCUUUUUUCGUGUAAAGGUAUAGUAUGAAAAAAAUCCGCAUAGCUAAAGGACAGCAUGUGCAAUGCGGGGGAUUUUAGACUCUAAGGUCAGAUAUCUUGGGUUGGAAUACUGUCGCUUAUCAGCUGUAACCCCAGGCCGAUGCGUCAGCUGUUUAAUGCUGAAUAACCAACUUCCCCCCAACAUAGUGGCUCUAAACAGCCGUAACACUUAUUUUGUCAUGUUUCUGCCAUCUGGGCUUGGCUAACUGGCCACAGCUCCUCUGUUUCCCCUUGGCAUCAGAUGCGAUUACUCCAAAGCUGGGGGCUAGAAUCACCUGAUGUCUCCGUCACUCGCAGGUCCGGCUCCUGGGCUGGAAGACUGACAGCUGGGGCUGCUCAGACACCUCUAACUCCAUAUGGUCUUUCCACAUGAUCUGUCCAGCAUGAUACCUUCUGGGUGGCCAAGCUUCUCACAUGCUGGCCCAGAGCUCCCGAGGCAUGUGUCCGGAAAGGGAGCGAGCCAGGUGGGAAGUGCGUUGCCUUUUCUGACCCAGCCUUGGAAGUCAUCCGCCAUCACCCUGCCACAUUCUCUUUGUUCGAUGCGUCACUGAUGGUUGCCUGUGUUCAAGGGGAGGGGAAUUCAACUUGUGUGGGAGGAUCAUCAAGGAAUUGUGGGCACAUUUUAAAGUCAUCACAGCAAUUCCUGAGGGAGGACCUCAAUUACCACGACCCAACAGUGAAACACAGCACCUUCCAUGGUGAGGAUAAGCUCAUCAGCGUGGAGGACCUGUGGAAGGCAUGGAAGUCCUCAGAAGUGUACAACUGGACCGUGGAUGAGGUGGUGCAGUGGCUGAUCACGUACGUGGAGCUGCCUCAGUACGAGGAGACCUUCCGGAAGCUGCAGCUCAGCGGCCAUGCCAUGCCGAGACUGGCUGUAACCAACACCACCAUGACGGGGACCGUGCUGAAGAUGACAGACCGCAGCCAUCGGCAGAAGCUGCAGCUGAAGGCCCUGGACACGGUGCUCUUCGGGCCUCCUCUCUUGACGCGCCACAACCACCUCAAGGACUUCAUGCUGGUGGUGUCCAUCGUCAUUGGCGUGGGCGGCUGCUGGUUUGCCUACAUCCAGAACCGAUACUCCAAGGAGCACAUGAAGAAGAUGAUGAAGGACCUGGAGGGCUUACACCGAGCCGAGCAGAGUCUGCACGACCUGCAGGAAAGGCUGCACAAGGCCCAGGAGGAGCACCGCACAGUGGAGGUGGAGAAGGUGCACCUGGAGAAGAAGCUGCGUGACGAGAUCAACCUUGCCAAGCAGGAAGCCCAGCGGCUGAAGGAGCUGCGGGAGGGUACGGAGAACGAGCGGAGCCGCCAGAAGUAUGCGGAGGAGGAGCUGGAACAGGUCCGGGAGGCCCUGAGGAAAGCGGAGAAGGAGCUGGAGUCUCACAGCGCGUGGUACGCCCCGGAGGCCCUGCAGAAGUGGCUGCAGCUGACGCACGAGGUGGAGGUGCAGUACUACAACAUCAAGAAGCAGAACGCCGAGAAGCAGCUGCUGGUGGCCAAGGAGGGGGCUGAGAAGAUAAAAAAGAAGAGAAACACACUCUUUGGCACCUUCCACGUGGCCCACAGCUCUUCGCUGGACGAUGUGGAUCAUAAAAUCCUAACAGCUAAGCAAGCUUUGAGCGAGGUGACAGCAGCGCUGCGGGAGCGCCUCCACCGCUGGCAGCAGAUAGAGAUCCUGUGCGGCUUCCAGAUCGUCAAUAACCCCGGCAUCCACUCCCUGGUGGCCGCCCUGAACAUAGACCCCAGCUGGAUGGGCAGCACGCGCCCCAGCCCGGCCCACUUCAUCAUGACGGACGACGUGGACGACAUGGAUGAGGAGAUUGUGUCGCCCUUGUCCAUGCAGUCCCCCAGCCUGCAGAGCAGCGUCCGGCAGCGCCUGACGGAGCCGCAGCAUGGCCUGGGAUCUCAGAGGUUGGUGGAGGGGGAGGCUGGCCACCUCUUGACCAGCCGGGUCUCUCUGCGGAGAAUGCGCAGCCUUUCCUCCGGACAGUCUUUCAGUUCUGAAGGCCUCGGGACCAGCGCUCCAGCAGCCUCUGCUUCUUCCUCCUGCUCCUCUGCCGCCACCGCCACCACUGCCACCACCACCUCCUCCUCCACUACCUCCACCUCCAUCACCUCCAUCACCACCGUCCACGUGCACCCUGUCUAUCACCACCACAGCACCUCCUAUUUCCUCCAGACGGGGCCCUGCCCCGACCUGCCCCAUCCUGACAGCGCCGCCGCGAUGCCUUGGCACUCAGAGAGCUUGGGGGAUUUGACCCAUUCCGAUUCGGAGUCCUCCCUCCACACGAGUGACCGCCAGCGUCUGGCCCCCAAGCCUCCUCCGAUGGUCCGUGCUGCAGACGAGGCGUUCAGUGCCAUGCCUUCCAACGGCAGCCACCGGCUGAUGGAGGGGCUCCACCCUGGCGCGCUGGUGGAGAGACUGCCCGACAGCCCUGCCCUGGCCAAGAAGACACUGCUGGCGCUGAAUCACGGGCUGGACAAGGCCCACAGCCUGCUGGAGCUGAGCUCCUCGGCCCCGCCGAGUGGCUCUCCACCUCUGGAUUCCUCCCGUUCUCACAGCCCCAGUCCCCUAGACGCAGACACGCCGUCGCCCGCGGGGGACAGCCGGGCCCUGCCAGCCAGCCGCAACACACGCAUUCCCCACCUGGCUGGCAAGAAGGCUGCGCCUGAGGAGGAUAACGGCUCCACUGGCGAGGAGACAGACUCCAGCCCAGGCCGCAAGAAGUUUCCCCUCAAGAUCUUUAAGAAACCUCUUAAGAAAUAGGCAGUGAGGAGGGUGGCAGUGGCGGGACAGCUCGUCCUUCCCGGGUCUUCUGCCUCCCCUUCCCUCCCUUCCAAGACACCGAGCCCCCAGGCGGGGGCACGGGAGGGGCUGGCCCCGGGGCCUGGGCACUGUACAGACCGCCCCCGCAUCCUUGGGGCCUUCCACGUUAUUUAUUACCCGACCACCGCCGCCUGCCUGCCCUGCCUCCCUCCCAGCCAGAGGCUGCUGCUGUCACCCCCUCUCCACUUCAGUGCAUGUCUUAGUUGCUGUCCCCGCAGCUCCCAGCUCCUCCUCGGGGGUCCGGCUUCUGUCUCUGCUGUCCCAGUUUUGAGGUUUGGUUUCUCGUUUCUCUCUGUCUCCUGCUUUCAGGCUCCUCCCUCCCACCCCUCCCCGACUUCCCCCAGCAGCUGGGGGAGGAGAGGGGGCGUAACUUCUGACACCUGUGCCUCAGAUCUCUUCCACCCCAUCAGGAGGGUUCUGUUUGCCCCAGACCGGGGCCCAGGACCUGAUAUUUGAGGUUUGUUCUUUGGGAGAGGGGUGGGCCAGAGGGAACCUUGGUCUGGAGUUCACUCAGGCGUCCGGCGGCCCACAGGGGAGCGAAACCAGUUCCCAGACAACAGGCCACUAGAGGGCUUGGAAGAGAGGCCAGGCUAGGGGCCAGGUCAGGAGAGACUUGUAGCUGGAGGAUGAGUGGAAGCCAGAGAUGUGGGCUACGAGGCAGUCACCUUCUCUCUCUCUCCUCUCACCCACACCUGCCUCUUUCUCAUCCCUGCUCCCCACCCUGCAGGAUGGUUUGUCUGUCAGAGGUGCUGCCCAAGUGCUCCCUAGGCAUCAAGACUCCUGAGGCUCUGGAUAGUCGGCUCCCCUAGUCAUGGGAGCCUCAGCCACGACUCAGGGGCUGUCACGGGCCUUGGAGCUGCUGGGCAGCAUGUUGUCGCAUUUGAACCAAAAGACAGUUUCAAAUUGAAAAGUGAAAUAAUCUGAAUUUCCCAAGUGCCUGCACCAUGCACUCCCCUUGUCAGAGCCCGUUUUCAUGUUACGGCAUAGCCUGGGCCAGAGGCUCAGAAGGGACACAGCCAGCUUAGGGAAGGGGUGGCCAAGGAAAAUGGUAUAGGUCAAGGCGGCUGUGCGACCACCUCCCCCUGCCCUUCCCACCCCCAGACACCUCUCUCCCUCACCUGUUUUUGCUGUGGCUGUAAAGGUAUUUCCCCUCUGCCCUACUCCCUGCCAUGUCUUUACCCCGGGAUCCUGUUUGGGGCCUGGGGUAGGGGUUCCUGGGGCUGGUCUUAGGAGGUGCUGGCUGCAGACUGCCUUGUACCCCCUGGACACCCUCACAUGGGUUUUUCUGUGUUAUUUCAUAAGACUCUUUGAAGUCCAAUAAAGCAUGUAGGAGAUUUUAAUCUCU